AUGGCAUCACCACUGUUGGAUUACAUCCUGAUCGUCUACACCCAACACUCCGUAUUGCAUGGCUCCAACGACGCCUACAUCCUUUUCAUACUUUUUCCAUUCAGCAAUGAGGGCCGCCAGCUUGUCCGGGAAAAGCUCUCCCAGGUCCUUUGUCUCGCCUGGAUCCUCACUCAGCUUGUACAGCUGCCAUUUUCCAGGGCCAACAGGCUUCGGGAUGUGCAAUGCCUUCCAGUCUCCCUGACGCACCGCCUGGCGGCCAAAGAGCUCCCAGCUAGUAACAUGGUCCUCAUCGUGUAUCUGUGUUUGUUCUCCCUUGAGAUAUGGUAG